AUGUCAUCGUCAUCUUCUUCAUUGUCGUCGUUGGCGGCAUCAUCAUCUUCUUCAUCGUCGUCGUCGUCGGCAUCAUCAUCAUCCAUUGCAACUCCAUCCCAUAAGCACAUAGCCCAUCUUCUUUUAGACCAAAAAUCAGCAUCCCAAGCCCUCCAAACCUUCAAAUGGGCAUCCAAACUCCCCAACUUCACCCACUCUCCCUCCACUUACCGUGCUCUCAUCCAUAAGCUAUGCACAUUCCACCGCUUUGACACUGUUCACCAAUUGCUCGACGAAAUGCCAACCUCAAUUGGGCAACCUCCAGAUGAAGACAUCUUUGUCAUCAUCAUUCGAGGCCUCGGCCGUGCCCACAUGGUAAAACAAGUGAUCAACGUGCUUGACUUGAUUUACAAGUAUGAAAAAAUGCCUUCUUUGAAGGUAUUCAAUUCCAUACUUGAUGUUCUUGUGAAGGAAGAUAUAGAUAUAGCUAGGGAGUUUUAUAGGAAGAAGAUGAUGGAAAGUGGCGUUCAAGGCGAUGACUAUACUUUCGGUAUCUUGAUGAAAGGACUUUGCUUGACGAAUCGAAUUGGUGAUGGUUUUAAGCUUUUGCAAGCAAUGAAGUCUCGGGGAAUUACCCCAAAUACUGUGGUCUAUAACACGUUGCUUCAUGCACUUUGCAAGAACAAGAAAGUUGGGAGAGCGAGAAGCUUGAUGAAUGAGAUGGAAGCGCCCAAUGAUGUGACUUUUAAUGUUUUGAUAUCUGGUUAUUGUGGAGAAGAGAAUUUAGUGCAAGCUCUUGUUUUGCUAGAGAAGUGCUUUGGUUUGGGGUUUGUGCCUGAUGUUGUCACUGUAACUAAGGUGUUGGAAAUUCUUUGCAGUGAUGGCCGUGUAAUGGAGGCUGUCAAGGUUAUAGAGAGAGUGGAGAGCAAGGGAGGAUUGGUGGAUGUUGUAGCUUAUAACACCUUAAUUAAGGGUUUCUGUAGAUUAGGGAAAGCGAAACUCGGUCUUCGCAUUGUGAAGGAGAUGGAGAGAAAGGGAUGCCUUCCAAAUGUUGAUACUUACAAUGUAUUGAUUUCUGGUUUUUGUGAGUCUGGGAUGUUGGAUAUGGCGCUUGAUCUGUUUAAUGAUAUGAAAACAGAUGGCAUCAACUGGAAUUUUGUUACGUAUGAUACAUUAAUUAGAUAUUUGUGUUCAGGAGGAAGGACGAAAGAAGGGUUUGAAAUUUUGGAAUUAAUGAAUGAAAGAAAAGGUGGUUCCCUUGGCCAAAUUUCUCCUUAUAAUAGUGUGUUAUAUGGCCUGUAUAAGGAACAUCGUUUGGACAAAGCACUUGAGUUUCUAACCAAUAUGGGGAAACUAUUUCCUAGAGCUGUUGAUAGAAGCUUGAGAAUUUUAGGUUUCUGUGAGAAGGGCGCCACAGAGAAUGCCAAGAGGGUUUAUAAUCAGAUGAUUAUGGAAAGGGGAGUUCCAAGUGUUUUUAUUUAUGACUUUCUAAUCCAUAGAUAUUGCCAAGAAGGGUGUAUUCGUGAAGCCUUUGAGCUAUUGAAUGAGAUGAUUGCUCAUGGUUACUUUCCUCUUGCAUUGACAUUUAAUUCUCUGAUAAGUGGGUUUUGCGAGCAAGGAAAAGUUGGUAGUGCACUGAAGCUCCUGGAAGACAUGGUUGGGAGAGGUUGUUCACCCGAUGCUAGAAGUUAUAGUCCUUUGGUGGCCGCUCUUUGUCAUAUGGGGGAUUUUCAGAAAGCUUUGAGACUUGUUUUGCAAAUGGUAGAGAAGGGUAUCAUUCCAGAUUAUUUUACAUGGAACUCGUUGCUUAUUUGUUUAAGUCAAGAGACUGUAUGGUUGAAGGGCAAAAGUAUAUUGGAUGUAAAUAACUUGGUACACUGUAUUAUCGAGAAUUAA